AUGAAUUUAAUUGCAAAUCUUAAAACAAUAAAACAAGAUGCUCUUAAAGUACCUGCUGCGGAGAUUGCAAAUCAUGCUGCUGGAAUUCUAUCUACUGAGAAUCAAGAAGGAAGUCCCUCAUCUGAUGUUGUAGAACCUAUGAUAUUAAAGAUGUUGUACAAGUUGGUUGGUACUUGUGCCAAUCGUUGGUAUGAUUAA